CUGUUCUGUCAGUGAUCAUAGGGAGGCGUGAUCACUCCGCGUUUGACACCUUGCAUCGUAUAUAUUUACUUUGUGAAAUAGACACCCCUUGUCUCACCAUGCGUUUAAGUUUGAAACAGGAAGCUUUAGCUACUAUUACGAUACUGAUCGUUCUUUUCAAAGCGUUUUACUGAUGCAUCAGGGUCGCAUCAUCGCUUCAAUCGAGCAAGUAAAUAGUCUCUCCGCCUCCAUCGCCUCUGACAUCGCAUGGCCUUUAGUGGAUAAAGACAACAGCCAGCGUAAUAUCAUUGAUUCUACAAACUAUAUUUCCUUUCGUUUUUCUCAUAACUUAACUGAGUAAAUAAGACAGAUGAACUCGUUUUACGACGGAAAAAACCCUAGUGAUUUAGGGUUGGAAGAGGAACUGAGUCAAGCGAACGGCCAAGAUGAGUUGGAGUUUGACUACCUGUUUGAAUACGAACCACCUUGCGACAACUUUCCCGGGGAAGAUCAAGGUUUGUCCAAUGAUGAGCCAAAUCUCUCCUCACAGAGAGUCAGCCCUCCAUCUGGUCUGGCCUACAUCCAGGAGGAGGCUUCCCCCUACAGCAUUAAGUGCAGUGAGCACAACCCAGAGAGCCUCUCUGGCUAUGAGCACCUGGAAGCCAAAAACUACCUGGACCACUCCAGGCUUGGGGGCAUUUCCCUGAGCCCCAGGAUCGAGAUCACACCGUCACGUGAGCACUACAGCGACGGACGAGAUUCCCUGCAGAACCACACUCUGAACAUCAGCCCCCGUCCCACCCUGACCGUCCCGGGCCACGAAAGCCUGGCCUACCGUGAGCCCCAGUGCUUGAGCCCAGCCUCCAGCAACUCCUCCACCAGCUGGCACUCAGAGAGCUACUCCCCCUGGGCCUCUCCCUGCGUGUCCCCUAGUAGUGGCCAGACCGGGGCUGGGGACCUCUGGCCCCGCUUCCAGAACAUCCACACCGGCUCCCCCCGCACCUCCCCGGGCACCUCCCCCCGCACAGAGGAGGGCUGCAUCGUCCCCCGCUCGCCCUCCCCAUCCCUCAGGCCAGGAUCCCGCUCCGCUUCCCCACAGGGCAAACGCACCUACGACAUGUACAGGAACACCAGCCUGAUCAACGGGAUCCCUUCCAACAGUCCUUCCCCCCAUAGGGGCCACGAGGAGCAUCCCCAAAAGAACGCAGGGGCCCACUACGGGACCUCCAACAGUCUGGCUGAGGCCAUGAAUGGCUAUGGCACUGUCCAGCCUGGUCUAGUCCCCACCAAGAUAGUGAAGACAGCCAACCAGGCAUAUGCCUUCUACCCAGAGAACCACAGGGAGGUCAACUACCUGGUGUCCUGUGAGCAGGAUGUUAAGAAUAAAACUGGGGCUGAAUCCUUCUUUGUGAUCCCUCCCAUCUGGACCAAGCAGAUGGUCCCCAACCUCUGCAGCAUCCCAUUGUCUUCUCUGCCCCCUCUGGAAUGGCCUGUCCCCAGCCGUACAGACCAGUACAAGCUCCAUGUUGACGUGCAGCCCAAGCCCCACCACCGAGCCCACUAUGAGACAGAGGGGAGCAGGGGCGCGGUCAAAGCCCCCACUGGUGGUCAUCCUGUUGUCCAGUUGCAUGGCUACAGGGGAAAGGAGCCACUGGGCCUGCAGAUCUUCAUCGGGACCGCAGAUGAGAGGAUCCUGAAGCCCCACGCUUUCUACCAGGUUCACCGCAUCACGGGCAAGACGGUUACCACCACCAGCUACGAGAAGAUCAUCAACUCCACCAAAGUCCUGGAGAUCCCUCUGGAGCCCAAGAACGACAUGAAAGCAAUAAUCGACUGUGCUGGGAUCCUGAAGCUCAGGAAUGCUGAUAUUGAGCUGAGGAAGGGCGAGACGGACAUCGGACGAAAGAACACUCGUGUGCGUCUAGUGUUCCGUGUGCAUAUACCCCAACCUAAUGGGCAACACAUCUCACUGCAAACCGCCUCCCAUCCUAUUGAGUGCUCCCAGCGUUCCGCCCAUGAGUUGCCCAUGGUGGAUAAACAAGACAUGGACAGCUGUUCUGUCCUGGGAGGUCAGCAGAUGAUUCUGACGGGACAAAACUUCAGCUCCGACUCCAAGGUCAUCUUUAUGGAGAAAACCCGUGAUGGACAGCAGAUUUGGGAGAUGGAGGCAACUGUAGACAAAGAUAAAUGUCAGCCCAGUCUGCUGUUUGUUGAAAUACCCUCCUAUCGCGACCUGUCGAUUUGCAAUUCCGCCAAAGUGAACUUCUAUGUCAUCAACGGAAAGAGGAAGCGCAGCCAGCCUCAGCACUUCACAUUCACUCCACUGGCAGUCCCGUCCAUUAAAACAGAGCCUGUGGAUGACUAUCCUUUCUCCAUGACCCAGAUUAUGAGUGUGUCCCCCCAGUCCUACUACCACCACAGCCCUGGGUCCCGUGGGAUCAUCCACCCAGACAACGGCCUGGUCUCCAGCAUGGCCUCCUGCCAGCAGGUCCGCUCCGGCCUCCCCACCCCCGUCCCAGACACCUGCUUCCAGCAGCAGAGCCCAGCCAUUGUGUACUCCCGUGGGGGAAAGAGUCUGAGCGGCAGUCCCGGAGGGCUCUACCAGCAAACUGGGGAGAUGCGGGUGAUGCCCGACCCACACCGCUCCGUCCUGGUUCACACGGGCUCCCCAGCUCAGUCGUCCCCGCUGGGGGCCCAGCAGCAGCAGCAUGGAGGGGGCCAGGGCCAGCACCCCUCCAUUAUCCAGUUCUCCCCCAACAACCAACACCUGCUCCGGGGAAGCGACCCUCCACCUCUCCAGCCUGACAACCAUCAGCACAUCAUCUACUGUGAUGGCUACCCUCAGCAGUCUGGAGCCCAAGCUCACUCCCCUAUCUCGGCCCACUCCCCCCAACAUUACCCAACCACAGUGAUCCAGCAGCAGCCCUAUGUGCCCAAGGCGGUGCCCAAGGGCAGGUCUUCCCCUGGUGGGAUGGAGGCCCAGAGAUGCCCCCCUGGAGAGGAGCAGAGAGCCAGCCUCCCUGGAGGACGGGUCACAGUCAAGGAGGAGAACCUGGAUCAAAUGUACCUUGAUGACGGUGAGUUAAACGAGAUCAUAAGGAAGGAUCUGACUGGCGUGCAGGCCAGAGUUCAGACAUAGACGACAGCAAACAGGAAGUGGACAGCUGCAGCUCGCUCUGCGUCGCCACGGGAACUUCUUCUUCUUCCCUGUGUGCCCAACUGUCCAUCUCCAUAACAACUAUCAACUAUCAGCUACCAGCAUUUUGGCUGUUCAGUCCUUUUCCUUCAAAUAACUGUUUCUCAGCUAAAAAUUCAGUGCCUUUUACCCAAUACCAAAGAACAUUCUACCAAAGAAAAUCGUCUUAAUUUUUAGGAUCAUCGUAAACUAGAUUGUGCCUUGUUUUUUUGUAUUAUGUAGAAGAGAGGGUGAAAAUUCAUUAAUUCAAGCAAGUCACAAUCAUGGCAGUAGCUGUGGCAAUACUUGGUGUUAAAACCUUAUGCAAACCUUUUCAAGGAACUUUCACCCUCUAAUCUUGUUGACACUUCUACUAAUGACACCAUGCAUAAAAUAUGCCAACAUGUCAGCAUUGCACUAUGAUAUGUGUAUUGUGUUAUGAAAUGUAAUGACCGAAAUUCUUCUUGAGCUUACUUUGAUCAUCUCAUCUUUCUACUCUAAAGGAGACACAUUGCACACUGCCAUCCUAAUAACCCCCAAAAUAUUUGAUGGAAUGUUCAUCUCCCCAUAUUCUUGCUUUUCAAAGUUAUGUGCACUGUUUAGUAGGGGAAUCGUUGUGUAUGUGUAUUCUUACAUGGUGUGUUGUCUUUAUUUCAAUAUUUAAUGUUUUUUUCCUCAUUAUGUUUGAGUCGUGAUGAACUUAAUGUAACUAAAAUGUAUAUUACAGUAUAAGCACUUGAUUUGCCGAAGAGGCCAGUGUUUUUAAUACAGGUUAUUAUUUUGAACUGCUUAGAGAAAAAGUAUUGUACAUUUCUCUAUGAAUUAUUGAAUAUUGAAUUAGCCUCAAAGGGCUUAUAUUCAAAUAGUUACAUGCAAAUCCUUACACAGGAAAUAAUUAGUGGGAAAUGUAAUAACGUAUUGUUCCCAGUUACAAAAUUAGCAGGCUAUAAAGAUGUCUAAGCAGGAUGGUUUUUGAGUGUAUGCCUACAAUACAUUUGACUACAAUAGUCUUUCAGUGCCUUCAGAAAGAAUUCAUAACCCUUGACUUAUUCCACAAUUUGUUGUUACGUUACAGCCGGAAUUCAAAAUGGAUUAAAAAACAAUCUUGCCUAUCUACACACAAUACCCAUAAUGACAAAGUGAAAACAUGUUAUAAGAAAUGUUUGCAAAUGUAUUGAAAAUGAAAUGCAGAAAUAUUUGAUUGACAAGUAUUCACACCCCCUGAGUCAAUACUUUGUAGAGUCACCUUUGGCAGCGAUUACAGCUGUGAAUCUUUCUGGGUAAUUCUUUCAUACCUGGAUUGUGCAACAUUUGCCUGCUGAAAGGUAAAUUUAUCUCCCAGUGUCUGGUGGAAAGCAGUCUCAACCAGGUUUUCCUCUAGGAUUUUGCCGGUGCUUAGCUCCAUUCCCUUGUUUUUUUAUCCUGAAAAACUCCCUAGUCCUUAACGAUUACAAGCAUACCCAUAACAUAAUGCAGCCACCACUAUGCUUGAAAAUAUGGAGAGUGGUGCUCAGUAAUGUGUUGUAUUGGAUUUGCACCAAACAACACUUUGUAUUCAGGACAAAAAGUGAAUUGCUUUGCCACAUUUGUUGCAGUAUUACUUUAAUGCCUUGUUGCAAACAGGAUGCAUGUUUUGGAAUAUUUAUUAUUCUGCACAGGCUUCCUUCUUUUCACUCUGUCAAUUAGGUUAGUAUUGAGCAGUAACUACAAUGUUGUUGAUAUAUCCUCCGUUUUCUCCUAUCACAGCUGUUUUAAAGUCACCAUUGGCCUCAUUUAAAAAAAUGUUUAACCUUUAUUUAACUAGGCAAGUCAGUUAAGAACAAAUUCUUAUUUUCAAUGACGGCCUAGGAACAUGAGACCAAUAGCUGCCCUUCUUUGUGAGGCAUUGGAAAACCUCCCAGGUCUUUGUGGUUGAAUCUGUGUUUGAAACACUGCUCGACUGAGGGACCUUACAGAUAAUUGUGUGUGUGAGGUAGCCAUUCAAAAAUCAUGUUAAACAUUAUUAUUGCACACAGAGUGAGUCCAUGCAACUUAUUAUGUGACUUGUUAAGCAUAUUUCUUAAAACUUUUGAACGUAUUUAGGCUUGCCAAUACAAAGGGGUUUAAUACUUAUUGACUCAAGACAUUUCAGCUUUUCAUAUUUUAUUAAUUUGUAAAAAAAAAAGAAAAUCUAAAAACAUAAUUCCACUUUGAUAUUAUGGGUUAUUGUGUGUAGGCCAGUGACACAAAAUCUAAAUUUAAUACAUUUUAAAUUUGGGCUUUAACACAACAAAAUGUGGAAAAGGGUUGUGAAUACUUUCUGAUGGCACUGUAUGCUUGCUCAUUUUUGUUAUUAUUAUUCUUAUUUUAUUUAACUUUUAUUUAACUAGGCAAGUCAGUUAAGAACAAAUUCUCAUUUACAAUGACAGCCUACACCGGCCAAACCCGGACGAAUCUGGGCCAAUUGUGCGCCGCCCCCUGGGACUCCCAGUCACGGACGGUUGUGAUACAGCCUCAUGGGUGCCCAACUUAUUAGUUGCCUAUUUGAUUGUAACAUUUAUCAAAAUCUUUGGCAUUUUUAGUUCAUACAGAGAGAAAAAUGCACAUAAUAUGUGUAAAACAUAUAUUAUAGCCUACCUAUUUCUAUAGUUUUUUGUGUAAUACAUUUUUUUUCUUCCCGCAAUGACAAUCAGCAAUAUACAAUAUAUGUAGUGCUUAUUAUUGUCUGCAUAUGCAAUAACAUCCCAAGUAUUCAUACCUGUACAUACUCUGCCUUACAUUUCCAAGAUAUUCCCACAUUUCCAAGAUGAGCUGUGAUUUCUUUAUUCAGUGUCAUUGUCAUUAUAUGUGUAUUUUGAUGUACAAUCAAACAUGAAAUCAAUAGGAUUUCCUGCAUGUACAGUCAGGUCCAUAAUUAUUGACCUUGUUGAUAAAGCUGACCAAAAAGACAUUAUAAAAUAAAUAAUACAAAUACUGAGCUCUAAAAUUUGGAAGUUAUAUUAUUUUAUAAUAAGACAAUUGCUCAGAGAAAGAGAUUUUGUUUAACAAGUAAUCCUUUUUUUUUUUUUUUAAAGACGGGUCAAAAUUAUUGGCACCCCUGUUUUAAAUACUCUAGCACACUCCCAUUGGGAGGAUAAUGACAGUCUUAAAAAAAAAAAAAGAUCUUAGAGCUCCAUAUAUAAUUUUUUCAGAUCCUUGAUAUGAUUUGUUUGCUCUUAUGGACUGCCCUCUUCAAUUCAAACCACUGGUUUUCAAUGGGGUUCAAGUCUGGACUGAAGUUUGAUAAACGGCAUUGGCACUUGGAUUGGAACCGGUGCUCUGGUCAGAAGACAGGAAAUAGAGCUCUUUGGACACGGACACCAGUGGUGGGUUUGGCGUUGAAAAACAUAUGCAGAAAAGAACCUCAUAUCUACUGUAAAAUCAGGUGGUGGAUCUUUGAUGUUAUAGGGUGGUUUUGCUUCCACUGGUAAUGGGGACCUUGUUAAAGUUCAACAAACUGCAUCAUGAACUUUACCAAGUACCAGGACAUUUUAGCCCCAAAAAACCUGGUUGCCUCUCAUUGGAGGUUGGAACUUGACCGCAAGUAGAUCCUCCAGCAAGACUUUAAGUCCAAGCACUAACAAAAAUCCACAAAGAAAUGGUUAAUUGACCACGAAAUCUACAGACAUGAACCCAAUUGAAAACCUAUGCUUUUAAUUGAAGAGGCCAGUCCAGAUGAAAUCUAUAUUCUGUACUGAAGAAUGGUCUAAGAUCCCUCCAAACGUGUUCUCCAAUCUCGUAUUUUGUUUUUAGAAAAAGGCUCAGUGUCGUUUAUCUUCACAAGGGGAGGGUGCUAGAGUAUUGAAAACAGGGGUGCCAAUCAUGUUGACCCCAAUCUUAUUGCACAGUUGGUUGAAUAUUUAAUGAAAUAUAUUUCUCUGAGAAAUUGUAUUAGUAUAAAAUAAUAUAAUUUGACAUUUUUGGGGGGCAUACAAUACAGCUCAAUAUUUAUAUUAUUUAUUUUACACAGUCUUUUUUGCUCAUCUUUAUCAAGGGUGCCAAUAAUUAUGGACCUGACUUUAUAUAUUAACAUUUUCCCAAGUGCUCAAAGUUAUUUUAUAUUGUGUAAAAAGGGAUAGCUUACAUUGGUGUAGAAAGGGACUUUUGUUACGUAUCCAGUGCAAUAUGUUAACAUUUUUAAGAAGAUUCCAAAUAAAAUAUGCUUUACUUAGAUUAUAUAUAGUUUAAAACGUGUAAACCUGAACAGUGUCCAGUCAUUCAUGCCAUUGCUGUUUGUACUGAGAUUUAAAAGUUAACAACCCAGAGACUGAAUCUGCCUGUACGAGCCAUUCUCUCAAUGUACAGCAUACAGUAUGUUUGAAAUAUCCUGAAUGUAUACUUUACGAAAUAGUUUUCCCCUUUAUCUGUAAAUAGUUCAUUGCUUACAACUGCAUAAAUGCUUCUGUUAAGCCUGUUUUUUCAUUUCAAAGUUAUAGAGUAUGGUAGAAAAUAUGUUUUAUGAACUGCAUCAGUUGUUUUCUUGCUUUUUCUUUUGUUUUGUUAAUCCAGUGUCUUAGUAAUAUACAAAAAGCCAUAUACAGUGCCUUGCAAAAAGUAUUCAUCCUCCUUGUUGUUUUUCCUAAACAAAACAUUGCGUUACAACCUGUAAUUUAAAUGGAUGUUUAUUUGGAUUUCGUGUAAUGGACAUACACAAAAUAGUCCAAAUUGGUGAACGGAAAUGAAAAAAAUAACUUGUUUCAAAAGAUUCUAAACGGACGAGUGGUGCGUGCAUAUGCAUUCACCCCUUUGCUAUGAAGCCCCCUAAAUAAGAUAUGGUGCAACCAAUUACCUUCAGAAGUCGCAUAAUUAAUGAAAUAAAGUCCACCUGUGUGCAAUCUAAGUGUCACAUGAUCUGUCACAUGAUCUCAGUAUAUAUACACCUGCUCUGAAUGGUCCCAGAGUCUGCAACACCACCAAGCAGCACCACGAAGACCAAGGAGCUCUCCAAACAGGUCAGGGACAAAGUUGGGGAGAAGUACAGAUCAGGGUUGGGUUCUAAAAAAAUAUCUGAAACUUUGAACAUUCCACGGAGCACCAUUAAAUCCAUUAUUAAAAAAUGGAAAGAAUAUGUCACCACAACAAACCUGCCAAGAGAUGGCCGCCCACCAAACUCACGGACCAGGCAAGGAGGGCAUUAAUCAGAGAGGCAGCAAAGAGACCAAAGAUAACCCUGAAGGAGCUGCAAAGCUUCACAGCGGAGAUUGGAGUAUCUGUCCAUAGGACCACUUUAAGCCGUACACUCCAAAGAGCUGGGCUUUACGGAAGAGUGGCCAGAAAAAAAGCCAUUACUUAAAGAAAGAAAUAAGCAAACAUGUUUGGUGUUCGCCAAAAAGUCAGAUGAGACUAAAAUGAGACUAAAAUGUAGCUUUUUCGCUAUCAAGGAAAACGCUAUGUCUGGCGCAAACCCAACACCUCUCAUCACCCUGAGAUAACCAUCCCCACAGUGAAGCAUGGAGGUUGCAGCAUUAUACUGUGGGGAUGUUUUUCAUCGGCAGGGACUGGGAAACUGGUCAGAAUUGAAGGAAUGAUGGGUGGUGCUAAAUACAGGGAAAUCUGUUUCAGUCUUCCAGAGAUUUGAGACUGGGACGGAGAUUCACCUUCCAGCAGGACACCAACCCUAAGCAUACUGCUAAAGCAACACUUGAGUGGUUCAAGGGGAACCAUUUAAAUGUCUUGGAAUGGCCUAGUCAAAGCCCAGACCUCAAUCCAAUUGAGAAUCUGUGGUAUGACUUAAAAGAUUGUUGUACACCAAUGGAACCCAUCCAACUUGAAGGAGCUGAAGCAGUUUUGCCUUGAAGAAUGGGCAAAAAUCCCAUUGGCUAGAUGUUCCAUGCUUAUAGAGACAUACCCCAAGAGACUUGCAGCUGUAAUAGCUGCACAGAUGGCUCUACAAAGUAUUGACUUUGUUUUUUUGUCUUGUUUCUUGGGUUUUUUUCACAAGAAAAAAUAUUUUGCAUCUUCAAGUGGUAGGCAUGUUGUGUAAAUCAAAUUAUUCAAACACACAAAAAUCUAUUUUAAUUCCAGGAUAUAUGGAAACAAAAUAGGAGAAAUGCCAAGGGGGUGAAUACUUUUGCAAGCCAGCUGUCUUAACUUCUUGGCGCACCCAUCCCGUUAGCGGGAUCAUUUUCGUCAACAUCCGCUGAAUUGCAUAGUGCCAAAUUCAAAUUAAAUUAAUACAAAUAUUUAAUUUUCAUGAAAUCACAAGUGCAAUAUAGCAAAACACAGCUUAGCUUGUUGUUAAUCCACCUGGCGUGUCAGAUUUAAAAAAAACUUUACAGCAAAAGCUAUCCAAGCGUUUAUGUUAGGACAUCUCUCUCAGCAGACAAAACAUUACAAACAGCUAGCAGCAAAGUAGAUUGUCAGAAAAGUCAGAAAAGCAAUAAAAUGAAUUGCUUACCUUUGAUGAUCUUUGGAUGUUUGUACUCACAAGAGUACUCACAAGACUCCCAGUUACACAAUAUAUAAAUGUUGCUUUUGUUCGAUAAAGAUUAUUUUUAUAUCCAAAAACCUCCAUUUGGUUUGGCACGUUUUGUUCAGAAAUCCACAGGCUCGUGCAGGUCAUGACGGGCAGACGAAAAUUCCAAAUAUUAUCCGUAAAGUUUAUAGAAACAUGUCAAACGUUUUUUAUAAUCAAUCCUCAGGUUGUUUUUACAAUAAAUAAUCAAUAAUAUUUCAACCGGA